AGGAGAGGGGGAGUCAGUGGAGCAGCAGAGGAAAAGCUGAGUGAAUCAAAGCAGCAGUAGACCUGUGGGGAGAGACGGGGAGAUACUAGCAGUAACUUUUACUGGUUUUAAUGUGUCAACAGUGUUGUUUUCUACCUCCCCCGCCCCUGCUCUUCAGCUCAGCGGUUCAUAAACCCAACAUGGAGGCCUGAGUGUGUUUACAAGUUUAAAGUCUGGACGGUGGCCGCGUUAGCCGCUCCUGCUGGGACUCACAACAACUUACUGUCAGCGAUCACAGCAGCCUGGACCCCGCCUGAAGCCAGCUGACCCCCCGGAGACGAGAAAGUGGAGCUAUGAUGACAACGUGACAGGAGAUGAGAUGCUGAGUCAGCUUCAAUAGGAACCAUGGAAGGGUUUGAGCAAACUGCCAAAGAGCAGCUUGACAAGGUGAAUGGCUACUGCAAGCCCAAGUCCCCCCAGGACGCAGCUGAAGUUAGGUGGAAGCCACCGGAGGGAGAGUCUGGAGGCUCUGACAGCUGUGGAGGGACAAGUGUGUCAGAGUCAACGGACCUGCAAGAGUUUAAGACUCGGGAAAGUGAGGAUGAAGAGGAGAAGGAGGAAAUGAUUAUUUCAAAGGGCGUGAAAGGGGACCAGAAGAAAAGACAGAAAGCCGAUCAAGAUCAGGAGAACGACCACAACAAGCAAAAUAAUAGUGCAUCAUCUAGCUACACUGACCUUUCCCAAACAUCAUCGCCUUCGUUAUCAGAACAGCUGCGUCUUGGCAAAGAAGACAGUGCAGGGUCGAGCAUCAGUGUGGAGUGUAAGGUCUGCGGGGACAAGGCUUCUGGCUUCCACUAUGGCGUACAUGCCUGUGAAGGCUGCAAGGGUUUUUUCCGGCGGACCGUGCGGAUGAAACUGGAAUAUGAGCGCUGUGAGCGUUCCUGCAAGAUUCAGAAGAAGAACCGCAACAAGUGCCAAUAUUGUCGCUUCCAGAAGUGCCUGUCUUUGGGAAUGUCCCAUGAUGCGAUCCGAUACGGGCGUAUGCCUGAGGCCGAGAGGAAAAAACUGGUGGCAGGCUUGCUUGAAGAGGAACUGAAUCUCAGCAAACCGGGCGGCUCCGACCUGAAGACAUUGGCCAAACAAGUCAACACAGCCUACCUGAAGAACCUCAGUAUGACCAAGAAGAGGGCCCGCAGCAUUUUAACAGGCAAAACCAGCAGCACCUCACCAUUUGUGAUCUAUGACGUGGAUUCGCUCUGGAAAGCAGAAAGUGGUUUAGUAUGGAGCCAGCUUACGACAGGUGCACCACUGACCAAGGAGAUUGGUGUUCACGUGUUUUACCGCUGUCAGUGUACUACAGUGGAGACGGUGCGAGAGCUUACCGAGUUUGCCAAGUGCAUUCCAGGGUUUGUGGACCUCUACCUUAAUGACCAGGUAACGUUGCUUAAGUAUGGUGUUCACGAGGCUAUAUUUGCCAUGCUGCCAUCUCUAAUGAACAAAGAUGGACUGUUGGUAGCCAAUGGCAAAGGCUUCGUCACGAGAGAGUUCCUGCGCAGCUUAAGGAAGCCCUUCAACGAGAUCAUGGAGCCCAAGUUUGAGUUUGCUGUUAAGUUCAAUGCUCUGGAGUUGGAUGACAGUGACCUGGCCUUGUUUGUGGCUGCCAUUAUUCUCUGUGGAGAUCGUCCGGGGCUUAUAAAUGUGAAGCAGGUGGAACAGAGUCAGGACAACAUCCUCCAGGCCCUGGACCUCCACUUUCAAGCAAACCAUUCUGACUCUGUCUACCUCUUCCCCAAGCUGCUUCAAAAGAUGGCUGACCUCCGUCAGCUGGUUACUGAAAACGUUCAACUUGUCCAAAAGAUUAAAAAAACUGAGUCCGAGACCUCGCUCCACCCUCUACUGCAGGAGAUCUACAAAGACAUGUAUUAGAAACCUCCAGCACAGACUGAUUCGAGCAAUACUGUUACAAACUGAAUAUACGGUUAUAAUAAUACACUGCAUUCAGUUUAAGCACUGUUCCACUUUUGGACAUGACUUUUAACUAGGUGAGGUAAAUUCAUUUGGUAGGGCUAACAAUCACAAUGUCAGCAUUACUCUCAGCACAGUAGUAAGCAUGUGUGUGCGCGUGUGUGGGGAGCAUCUGGAAUCAUUUGCUGCAAGCCUUAGUUUCCCACGAAGGUCACCUAGCAGGAAGACUGAUAUGUUUUCUUUCUGGGGUUGUUCCUUUUUCAUCCUCAUAGAAAAGCUGCCCCCAGAGCAGUCUUUAUAGAGCUUCUCCUCAUUCACCUUAGCUCUGUUUUGCUUUAAAGGGAAAGCGUUUUAUGUUCACAAACCAAUGGCAUAGUUAAAAUGAAUGAGAGAAAUUUUAUUUCCAUGUAAACGUGAUUGUAAUUUUUUUUUUUUUUUGCGGAAUUUUAGUGAAGCUUAUGAUGCACAGCUUAUCUGUUUACAUCAUUAUCAACAUCUUUACCACCAUAAUCAUCAUCAUCGUCAUCAUCAUCAUCAUCAUCAGUGACCAGAACUUUGCCAUUUGGUUGAAAGAACACAAACUGGACUGAUUCCAGCACUGUAGAGCUUGUCUGUGGAAUAACGUUUUCCAUUUUUAAAUAAAUGUGAGAUCCAAUUUAUAUAGAUUUUGUCUUCAAGCCAUCUACGCAAAUGGUAACUGUAGAAUUGUGCUGCAGACUGUACCCUCUGAUGCUGACAUUAUAAACACAUGACUCGUUCAAGUACAAGGGAGAACACAUUAUUUUUCUGUUUCUCUUUUGACAUGCAGAACACAUCGAAGUUUCCAUUCUCUGACUUUUUAUUUUAUUUGUAAUUGUACUAAUUAUUUGUAAUUGAUCUUAUUUGUUAGGGUAAAACAUGAAUGAUUACAUUUCAUGCAUGUGUGUUUUAUAUUACAUCAUGCCUUCCUGUUUAAACUAGGUCUUACCAAUUAUACUGUAUAAUCAAGCAAAAAACAACAAACAAACAAAAAAAACUUAAUUAGGAAUUUGGAUUGAACCUGGAUUGACCUUAAACCAUCACACUAAACCAUAUAUGAGAAAUGUAAUGAUGGACAGUAUCCAGUAUCUACUUUCAUAUGACAUUUUUGUAAUCAUGAUGCACUGGUAUGCAGUCCUAGUUUACUUAGUUUGUGUCUGAUUUUUGUAAGCAUUAUUGUUGCUCAAGUUAUGCAUCCUCUGUUUCUGAUGCACUUAUCCUAACUGGACUUCACUGUACCAGGUCUAGUGCACACAUUUCUCCAUAGUAUUUCUCCUUGGGUGCUCUUAUUCCCCAUCUACAUCUCAAAUAUGUAACUGUCAUAUUUCUAACAUAUAUUUUUGCCUUUUAACACUUGCACAUUAGUCCACUUUGCAAAAUUGAUAUCACUGGUUGACAUGGAGUGUAUCAUGCUGGGUUGUGGUUGGACAAAGCAAGAAAUUGCACCAAAGUGUAUGUAAGCUACCUCUGCACAAGUAAUGGGUUCACAUAUUUAUAUAAAAAUACAUGUUAAGACUUGAAAUAAUUUUUUGUCACAUGUAAACUACCAGUUCUAUUUUAGCAAUUUAUCGCUCAUAAAGUUGUUUAGAAAUA